CUGGCGAUACAAUGGCAUAGUGCAUUGGGGGAUCGCGGUUCCCUGAGUACCGGCUGGCUCAGUUGCAGAAGGUGAGGUCGGGGCCUGCAGACGUAUUACGGCGAGGCUGCAACCGGGUACUCCCAUUGCACAGUAAGGCGCACCGUGUGACCUCUUCAUCUCCAAUGGACCGGUUGGCAGCCGCUCGCAACAGCAGCGGGAGACUGAUGAAACUGUGUCCAUAUGGUGGUCCGGGGUCCUACAGCACUGAUAUGAUUGCACCUGGCAGUUUCUUCAGAUGUCCCACCGCACUCGCACCCGAGGAUAGGGUUUCCGGAAGAUUAAUUGCGCAAUCAGCGAGAUAUUACUUUUUCGCUGGAAGUCGUGCAGCAGCUCGUUCCGGGGCCAACGCUGGCACUGCAGUCAGCCGGAAGGGGGGGUCAUCAGGGAUAAUCCUUUUUGGAAGACUGGCGACGGGUGGGAGGGUUCCUACGUGGUGGAACAGAAUCCAUUUCACUCGAAAGUCCGUCACGGCAGACGUUGGAUAUUCUGAGAGACGAGGUCGGGGAAGAAAAGAGGUUGACGGUUGGACAGAUGGCAGUUGUGCUGUGAGGUUGCGCCGAUGCCCUAUCGGGAAGGCGGCUAACUAUCUCCUGAGCAGCAUACAUGCACGGAUCUUGAAAAUAAGUACAAGUCGCCCGUGUAAAGUUGCCCAGCAGGAGGCGAUGCUGCAGGAGGGAUUGACUUUUGAUAUGCAAGAUGCCGUGUUUCUGCUGCAACGGUAGAUAGCCCUGGAGGUGCCUGUUUCAGGUUGAUGGGCGUUGUUGGCUUGCUGCGUGCCCAGCGUGCAUGUGCGGUGGAACGUGGGAGCCGUGUGUGCUUGUUUUGGGAAUGGCCAUCAGCAUGGGAAUCAUUGAAAGUUUGUAUUCCGUACUCGGUUCUCUGGAGGGCUUUUCUACCAAGAUUCUCUCUUCCAGAAGACGAAAGGGGGCUGGGCUGAAAAGGUAGGUAGUAGUGACAGUGUGAGUGGGAUGAGAAG